GUGCCUGCCUGGCUCUGGCUGCCGGUCGGGGCAGACCCAGCGGAUUUUGUAUACACACGCUGACGCGCACAUCACCCACCACAUCCACAUGGGGACGCGUGGUCUACCUCUAUAAGUUACACCACCGAUCGAUCUCCUUCUCCCCACAUGUGCGCACGAGAGGAGACGCGAGUGGAAUCUUAGUGAGUUGGAGGCUCAGUUCAGGGAGGCGAGGAUGCGGCCGUGGUGCGCGAACGCAAGGGAGGUGGUCGUCCCCGGCGGUGAGGGGGCCACGGUGGUGCUCGCGCAUGGCUAUGGCAUGGACCAGGCGUCCUGGGACAAGAUCCUGCCCUCCAUCACCAAAGCAAACAAGGUGGUCCUCUUCGACUGGGACUUCACCGCCGGUGCCGAGGACGGCGACGAGGCGAGGUACACGUUCGCCCGGUUCGCCGACGACCUGAUUGCGCUGAUGGACGAGAGGGAUGUCCGUGGCGCGGUGCUGGUGGGGCACUCCAUGUCCGCCAUGGUCGGCUGUAUCGCCGCCGCCCGGCAACCCGACCUCUUCGUCCACCUCCUCCUCCUCUGCGCCUCUCCAAGGUACAUCAACUCGGAGGAGGAGGGGUACGUGGGCGGCUUCGAGGAGGCGGCCAUCCACGGUAUGUUGGGGGCCAUGGAGUCCGACUUCCAAGCCUGGGUCAAGGGCUUCGUCCCCAACGCCGCCGGUGGCGCUGCCGACGACAUGGCGGCCGCAACCGUGGAGCCCCUGGAGCGUAGCUUCCUGGCCAUGGACCCGGCCGUGGCUCUCGGGGUGGCCAGGAUGAUCUUCCUCGGCGACCAGCGCCCGGCCCUCGAUGCUGUGCCAACACAGUGCACCAUCGUUGGGGUGCGCCAUGACUUUGCCGCACCGCCGGUCGUGGCCGAGUACAUGGAGCGGAGAAUGACGAAGGCAGGCACAGACGUGGCCGUGGAGAUUGUCGAGUCCGUUGGGCACUUUCCCCAGCUCGUCGCGCCGACGCGCGUGGCAGGCAUACUCGACGGCGUGCUGCUGCGGCUGCGCCACAAGGGGCUCUCGAACGGGCAUGAUGGCACGGAGGAGGAAGACACAACGGUGCCUGCCGGUACUGAGGUGGAGAUUGAUGGUGGCAUCGACGUCACGACGUAGGUUGGGUCUAAAGAAGAUGUGUAUGGAGUGAGAUUGAUGUUGGCCACCAUGCGUCCAUGCCCAAGAUAUGUAGUACUAGUAGGUUGUACAUCUACAAGUUGCGGUAUGCUUUCUAAAAUUUAAUUAGCACGUGAAUAAACAUAUCUGUUGUGUAUA